GCACGGGAUGUAGCACCUGCAAGUAAGUAUUACUGAAAUCAACCUCCAACUGAUCCGGGAUACGGAUAUCGCCACGAGAACUACACCAAGGGGCUAUGCAAGGGACACCGACUAAUAACUCGUGUCACAGGAAGCGACACGUCAAGUGCGACGAAACCAAGCCCUCCUGUCUCAACUGUAUGAAAUGGCGAGGCUAUUGUGACGGCUACUCCGAGUCCUCCGAAGGACAACCGUCUCGCUCAGAGACUCCCGCAAAGCCCACCCCCAACAAGGCCAACUCGAGCGCGAAGCUCAUCCACACGAAGAAGGCUCCCCUCAUCCUCGAAGAGCCUGCCAUCAACACCAUCUGCUUCACCAGCAGCGAACAGCGCUCCUACUUCGACGAGUGGUCUUCCCUGUCUGUCCAGUUCCUCAGCGGCGGUCUGGGCCAAUCGCGACUAUGGACCACAACGAUGCCACAGCUCACGCUACAAGAGCCAACUCUACGAUAUGCUGCCAUGGCAGUUGGGGCCUUGCGUAAGGCAGCUUUCGAUGUCGAGUCCGGAGCUAGUUUCCCGACGGGCGAUCUUAUGGACAAUAAGCACUCGUUGAACGCCAUCUUUUACUACUGCGAGGCCCUGCGGAUGCAAGCGAGGGCGAGGGUGACCAAGGAGAGCUUGCGUACGGCAAUGUUGGCGUCUCUGCUGUUCAUCUGCUUCGAGGCUCAACGGGGCAAUAUCCCUGCCGCCCUUAAGCACGUCACCCAUGGGUUCAGCAUGCUUAACGAGCUCGCCGCCUGCACCGAAAAAGCCCCUGAUCUGGUCCGCAUCGCCCCAGCGCCACCCGCACUGGUACAGGAGAUUCUGGAUUGUUAUAGGCCGUUGGAACUCCAGUCUCGCUCCUUUAUGGGCUCAUACAAGAAGUUCUUCUUCCCUCCGAAGCAACAACAGCGACCUACACCCCACGAUUCCACCGCUCCCCCAGCCUCAAACCCCGCCGGUCCACCCACCGGACAUCCCGCCGGUCCCACCGGUCAUCCGACUGGUCCUUCUGCCGGUCCUCCCAUACCAACUCCUCCGGGUCAACCGGGGUCACCAUGGCAAGGCGGUCCUCCUAAUCGGGAGCCGCCCACUGGCCUACCAAGUCCUCAAAGCCAGGGAAGCCCACGCAGCCAGGCCGAGCAGCAGGCGCCUUCAAGAGGACCUCCACAGAGACCGCCAGGUAUCGCUCCAUUCACGAAGCAUUCACCCUAUUUUCGACCAAAACAAACCAAUAUCACCAAGCUCGAGGAGAUGCCCCCGGUGUUCAAGGCUCUGGGCGAGGCGCAUGGAUACUGGGCUCUAUUGCAAAGGCAGAUGGUCCAGUACAUCCCAGUGCUGACUGCGACGACUGCACGGCUCGGUCUGACCCAUGUGGUAAGUCUUGAGGAGCUGGAUGUGAAGUUGUCAAGCGUCAGGCAACAACCAACAAUUGCCAAGUUCGUUGACGAGUCGAGGUAUUGGCUUCAGAGAUGGUCUGCGGCUUUUGAUCCGUUGCUCCAGGCAGCUACAAAUAACCGGCAUGUCAAUAUGGACCCUUACCUUCAGGUUAUCAACCUCCGAAUCGAGUACCUCAUCCUCUAUGUAUACACCGCCAUGCCCCGGUUUGCCGGCCUCGAGGUCGCCCAGGCGCUCACACCUCAGUACAAAGAAAUCAACUCCAUCGCUGAGACGCUGAUCUCGUGUCGACCGAACUGCGGGUUUGCAAUGGAUUCUGGGUGGACUUGGCCCGUCUUUGUUUCUUCCUUUGGAUGUCGAGAUCCCGCAGUCCGAGACGACGCUAUCCGAAUACUUAAACAGUACCCCAUUCGCAAUGCCCUGCGCGACAGCCGUAUUUACAAGGCCAUUUCACUGAAGAACCGCGAAGUCGAGGCCAUGGUCUCGAGGGAGGGUGGGGACGUGAAUGAACAGUGGUUGCGAUUGCGGAGGCGAGAACUGGUGUUUGAAGACCUGGGAUCGAGCGUUAUCUUCCGGUCGUCCCAAAAGAACCCCGAGACGGGUGCGUGGGAACUGGUGGAAGAGGUUGCCGCGUUUGAGGUGGGGCCUGAUGAUCAGCUUGACUGGCAUCGGCAACCUAUUUCACCAUCACUGUCUAUUCUUUCGGGAGUCUGUUAAGAAUAUGAGAAACACCGUGGGUGUGAUGAAUGGGAACGACCAUGUGGAUGGAUGUUAAGACGAGAGUUAUGAUGGCGCUAUGCAAGAGGAGGACGCGCUUUAUGAACGCUUUAUUGUUGCUAUUGCCAAGCUUUUAGGCUUCUGGGACUGUAGGAUACAAACGGCGUUAUCACGGAAUUGGAUCCCUCUUCACUGGGCAAAUUCACCAAGCUGCCUGUUUCAUUUGCAAUUUAUUCAUCUCAAGUUGACGUGAUUCUCGAGGAAGUUGGAGAUGUGGGUUGUCGCGCUGAUGUCAUGCUUCUCGUUGUGCCCAUUGUACUCAUGCUUUGGGGACUGUCGGUGGUGGUUUUAGAGAGGUGUAUGAAACGGCAAUGGUGGGACACUGUCAACGCUGUUGGCCAAGAUGAUAUUAUCAAAUUGGGGAGCUUGUUCUUCGAGAUUGGUAGUCACUCACCUCAUUUAACAUCACAAUUACACACAGC